UGCUAGCACUUCAAAUGUUGCAAGAAUAGAAGAGAUGGAGAGGCUUCUGAAACAAGCGCAUGCUGAAAAGACUAGGCUGCUUGAGACCAGGGAACGGGAGAUGGAAGCUAAAAAACGGGCUCUGGAAGAAGAGAAGCGCCGCAGAGAACAACUAGAGAAAAGACUGGAAGAAGAAACUAGCCAGAGGCAAAAAUUAAUUGAAAAGGAGGUCAAAAUACGUGAGAAACAAAGAGCACAGGCCCGUCCCUUGACUCGCUAUUUGCCCAUUAGAAAGGAAGACUUUGACCUACGAAGUCACAUCGAAACAGCUGGUCACAACAUAGAGACCUGUUACCAUGUCUCCCUCACGGAGAAGACCUGCCGAGGCUUCCUGAUUAAAAUGGGAGGAAAAAUUAAAACAUGGAAAAAACGAUGGUUUGUUUUUGACAGAAACAAGAGAACUUUUACUUAUUAUGCAGACAAACACGAAACUAAAUUGAAAGGUGUAAUAUAUUUUCAAGCUAUUGAAGAAGUCUACUAUGAUCAUCUAAAGAAUGCAUAUAAGAGUCCCAACCCGUUGCUCACUUUCAGUGUUAAGACACAUGACCGGAUAUAUUAUAUGGUUGCUCCGUCGCCAGAAGCCAUGAGGAUAUGGAUGGAUGUUAUUGUUACAGGCGCAGAAGGCUACACCCACUUCAUGUUGUAA